UCAAUAAGUAUGACGAUGAAGCAUCUUAAAAUUCAUUCACUGAAUUGUCGACAAAAUUUAAAUUUCGCACCUAAAUAUCCCGUCAAAGUUUGUCUGCUAAAGCAUAUAAGGUUAGUUCCAGGCUGCAGCAUAUAUUUUUGCGCAGUUUUGCGCGAAAUGGAGUUCGUAACUUACAAUGCAUCAUAACAUUUUAUAUACAAACAAGCGAUUCGAAUUAUGUGAUGAAUAAUAAAACUGCUAGAAAAUGGGCACGAAAAUACUCUCCGAUAUCCAUCGGGAUCUAAAACUCUUAAUUACCGCUAUAAGUGGUUUUGAAGAGAGUCACGAAGGAUUUCCCAUUUGUGAACGUUUUGCUUUGUCUCAAAUAAAACAUCACCGUUAUCUAUCUGUCAACAGUAAUGCUGUUAAAAGAGAAAUUGAAGAGAUUACUCAGAAGUUUUUAAUUCAUGGGAAAUAUGACGUUGCCAAAGAAUUCAAAGAGCUUGUAGAAAGCUUUCUUACAUGUUUUGAUUUUGAGAGACACCCACAAUAUGAUUUACAAUGGUCUUUGUUGUCUCUGCUUCUAAAUUUGGCGAAUGAGACAAAUAAAUCUGAAAUUGGCACUUCGCUGAGUAGAGAUCGCAGUUUAAAUGGUCAUAACAGUAGUACAGAAGAAGAAAAAUUGGAGGAAAUUGAUUGGGCUCAAUAUUUAAAAGAAGGGCAAGAAGAAUUCUUUAAUCAAUAUGAUAGUGACAGCGAUAGUGAUUGGUCAGAAGAUGAAAAUGAUGGUCAGCUGGAUUUGUCUUCUUAUAAACAAGAAAAUGAGCCUAAUGAAAAGAAAUCACAUAUCAUUCAUAAUUUGAUUGAAAUUUCAUCAAGAGAACAGAUCAAUGAUUUACCACAACAAAUAAUAUCAAAAAAUUGGCUAAAAAAUAAUGUUCAAACUUUUUGGUGGAAUGAAUUGGAUUGGCAUCAACAUAGAGUAGAUAGUCCAUUUGCAGCAGCACAUUUCAAUGAGGUUUGGAAAAAAAGUACAUUAAGGAAUAGAAAAGUUACAAGUACUAUAAGUGAGUACCAAGCAUGCAGAGAACUUUUAUGGAUGUUUCAUGCUCAAUCCACCAUGACUCUUUAUCAAGAGGAAGCAAAUUCUAAAUUUUCAGUAAAAGAAGCAACUAUACCAAGUCUAACUACCGUUGCAUUUAAAAGUAUGUUAAGGUCAUUUUGUCAGUAUUAUACCAUGAUAAAAGAUAUUGAAAAUUUUCUUGAAAAUGUAUUGAGAAUGAAAGAAUCAUCAGAAAAUGAUCACAAACCAUCUUUUACUUAUGAGACUUAUGCUACAAUGGUUCAACAUGAACUUUUGAAAAUAAAGACAGGACUUUCUGAAUUUGAAAUUGAAGUUAUGAAACAAGACUCCCAAAAGACGUUUCUUUCCAUAUCAAAAUUGCUGAAGGUUCAAUUAGAUAAAAUAAAAACUAUUUAUGAAAUUCAUAAAACUGUAACAGAAGAUUGGGAAAAGUCAGAGAAUUGGCAAAGUGCUUCAAAGUUAUUAUCAAAACUGUUUUAUAAAAUUCAAAAUUGCAGCAAACCAGAUGCUAUAAAUUUAUGUGUUAGUUUAUAUCUCUCUUGUUUAUCUGUUUAUCUAAAUAUUGUUGAUGUUUGGCUAAGUCAAGGACGAUUAGAAGACUGGAGAGACGAAUUUUUGAUUGCUCGUUGCACAGAAACGACUGAAACUUCUUCUCGGGGUUACAGUAGGUGCUUGGAGGAAUUUGUAGUGAGAACACUCGAUCCUAUAUGUCUUGACGAUCCGGUGAUGAAAAUACUCAUGCACAAAGUGUAUCACAUGGGUCGUAGCGUCGAGCUACUCGCAACUCUAGAUCGUAUGUCCGAUCUGUGGAACAUGACAGAAAAAGAACACGUGUUCAGCGGAAGUUUGCGCGAGGAGUGCUUGAAAGAGAUAUCCUUAGAAUCAGCCAAAUACGAUAAGAGUCUAAUUCCCAGCGAUUGCAUUGACUCAACGUCGGUGACCCUAGCCAUUCGUGUACCGAACUGCAGCCGCUCGAUCGACGACGUCGAACAAGCAAUAACGCAACAGGUAAUGGCUACGAACAAUCCGUUCUUCAGCAAAGCACUCGAAACUUUCAUUCCACCAGAAGACGACGUGAUUGACUCUUCGUCGACUCGGCUAACCGAGAAUGUUACAUCGAGUAUCGAGUUCGUAAACAAAAUUCGAGUGGUGCCGCCUUGGCGCAGGAUACUGGAAUUAGUAAUCGGUCGCGUUUUAGAUGCGAGAUUUAGCGGAGCCAGUAAACUGGUCAAGGACAUCCUGGUGAAGGAGUAUAAGCUCGACGCCAAGCUUAAGCUCAUGCGUUCAGUUUACAUGAUGGAAAGUCACGUUAUGAACAAAUUCUGUAAUCUUAUCUUCAACGAGAUCGAGUCGAACCGUAUGUGGAACAAUUCUUACUAUGUCACGUGCCUGCUGGGAGAAGUUUUGACGCACGAAUGGCCAGAAUCUACCUCGCAUUGGUCGAUCACAGUGGCAAACAUUCGAACAGUUAAAGUCCUCGAAGCCGUCGAUGGCAUUAAAUUGCAUUAUGCCGCUGGAUGGCCCAUUAAUAUGCUUUUGAGUGAGGAGACGCUCGAUAAAUACAAUCAAAUUUUCAGAUUUGAAUUGAAACUCAAAUGGGCUAUGUGGACUUUAAAUAAUUUGAAGUUUAACGAUUUGAACCGUGUGGACGAUUCGAUUGUUCAUGAUACCAUUCAAAAUUUCCACAUAAAAAGACUCGAGUGCUUGAGAUUUUGGCUGAUGCACGCGGUCGGAUCCAUACAUACGUACCUGUCCGGACAAGUUCUACAAGGAUUGGGACAAAAACUCGUGAAGGACCUGGCUCAAGCAGAAAAUUUCGAGGCGAUCGUAACAAUCCACAAUGAAUACGUAGAAAACGUUUACGAGCAUUGCCUGCAAACCGAAGAAUUUAGCGAUCUAACUCGAGCCAUUCACAAGCUUCUGGAGAUGUGCCACGAAGUUCGUGCCAAAUGGAAGCCAGACUCGUUAUCUUUCAUCGGUAAAGCUCUCGAUGAUCUGGAGAACGACUACGUCAAAUAUCACGCCUACCUAGCCCUAGGCCUGCACAAUGCGGUGCAGCACAAGGAUGCCGAUUACCUGACUGGUUUGAGCUCUGCCUUUAGUUGCAGUAUGCCAUCAACUCAAAACAGCGACAUACACAAAUAACCAUUGGCUUUUAGUAGAAUAGUGAUCGAUUUUUUUUCUACAUCGCCCAAAGUUUAUAAUACACCUCUUAUAACUUGCAUCAGGCACUGAGAGAAAAGAAUCAUUUGUAUAACACGCUAUAAGACAAAAAAGACGUUUGUCUUGUUAGAUUUACAUUAUGUAUCAAUAGUUAAUUUAUGCUAAUUCAUUUUUUUCAAUUCUUCAUUGUUAUGUAAAUAAUGUUUUUGAAUUACAUUGUUCAUUAAGUUAAAAGUCAUGUAAACCUUAGUUCAUCGAUUGCAUACAGUCUUGUUCAUACAAAAGUACAUACAAUUUUAGUUUUGUGAUUUUUUUUUCUAAAAAUAUCGAAUAUAACGUUCAAAUAAAUAAUUAAUUUACAAUUUCCCAAAUUUUCAUCGCGUAUCUUACACAUUUACAUAUCAUUCUACUUCAAAUGUUUUGCUUUAAUCACCUUUUUAAUGCCAAAAAAUGUUAAACCUUGCGAGGAUGAACAACAAUUACAA